AUGGCGGAUGGACGAAAUGGCAAUGGGUCUGUGAUCUUGGCUGCCUCUGGAUUGACUGGAAGACUUUGGACCGGAUCCCUGUGGUACUUUGAGGAUCCAUCCAGUGCUCCGGAUGUCAACAGAAGUAGUGCAGGAGUACGGACUGAGGCAGGAAUAACAGACUUAGAAUGGAUUGAUGAAAACAGACUGGCUGUUGCAUCAGAUACAGGUGCAAUCGAGAUUUGGCAGCUUGAGAGCAACGCAUUCCGUAAUUUAUUUUAUUUAUAUGAACAUGAUAGUACAGUGAACUCUGUCAGCGUCAACUCAAAUAAGACCCGUGUCAUCAGCGGCUCAUCAGACAGACUGAUUAAGAUCUGGGAUCUUGCUUCACAGCGCUCUAUUCGUACACUCAAUGUCCACACAGGAAAGAUUGAACAGCUAGCAUGCAGUCCAAAUGAAUUAGAUGUCUUUGUAUCAUGUUCACAGGAUGGAUUUGUACUAUUAUGGGAUAUGCGUAAAGCUAAGCCAGCUCAACGACUACCAUGUCCGGCUGGUCUACCCACAAGUGUAGUGUGGAAGCCAGGAGAGUCCUACGUUAUAGCAGUUGGUGAUGAGAGUGGUAGCAUCUCCCUUCUUGAUGCUCGCAAUCUUCAAAAUGCAGCGAUUGUUACACCAGCUCACAACAGAGCUGUACAUAGGCUGGCUUUUUCAACCAAAUCUCCCCUAUUACUUGCAUCUGUAUCAGAUGAUUGCACAGCAGCAGUUACUGAGCUACAACCAGAGCUGAAACAAAUAUACCGUAGCUAUGCCCACAAUGACUUUGUUCAUGGUUUAUCAUGGGACAGUCAGAGUAAUAAGCUAUUAACAUGUGGCUGGGAUCACCAGGUCAUCUCUCAUGAUAUUAACAUCGCAACAUCUAUGGCCCUAUGAGAUGGAUGAGAUGAGUUACGCUCGUUGUCUACUAUCUGUGGAAUACUAAUGAUACCCAAUUUGACUUUUCAUUUAUUGAAUGAUCGACUUUAUACGUGUAGCUUUUUUUUUUCUGGGCUUAGCAAACCAUGGUCAGAAUUCACUAAAGUGGUUUGGAAUCUAUAAUUUUAAAACCAUUUUCGUGGAGAAGUCAUUAUGCAUUGAUUACGAUGUAUUCAGUGCGUGUAUUAAAAAUGCAUCCAAUAGUGAAUGCACACUUUCGCCACAGGGUUCUAACUUCAUGCCUGUCACUAAAGCCUGGUUUCACAAACAGCUGGGCCCACAAACUCUAAAGUUUUUCCUGAAGGAUGUUUAAUGUAAAAAAAAUGGCUACCGGUAAGUCCAUUAUUCACAUGUUAUGCAGCAAAAGUGUGCCAAAUUUGCACUUUAAAAGUGAUUGUUUCAUUUUGUUGUGGUUUGAAAAAUUCUCAUUUUGGUUCUUGGAAAUGGGCUAAACUUCAGGCUUUAGUGUAAAAAUACCAGUCCAAAAGUUUCAAAGUAUCAUAUCUAGAGGAACUAUUUUAAAAGUUUGAAAAUAAAUUAGGGUAGGUUUCAAUGAUUUUGUGUUCAGAGUGAAUCUGUAUAUCAAACACAUCAACUCUGGAUGAACCCUGCAUGGCCUACGUACAGUGUAGCUAAUAAUAGUGUGUGUAUAGGAGAUUCACAAAAGUGCUGAGGUGGGGAAAAAAAGAUGCAUCACACUUUAAAGCUAAAUGAAAGUAGUUGCAGGAAAACACUGAUUUCGUGAGAAAGUCUGUAAAACCAAGGUUAAGUAUUACUAUAUCAUCGUGGAUCUAGAUCUGGUACAGUUACAUAAAACUGAACUUUGUGAAAUCAUAAAAUCUAAGCUGAAAAACGAUCACACUGAAGAUCGCCAACACACGUGGGACAGUGUAUAUUAUUAUGGCUGGAAUAAAGACCUGACAGAAGUGCUCAAAUCCGCGCUUAUUUUGCUUAUUUCUCAGCAAUUACACAAUUUCAUCCAGAAUCCUUUGGCACACAUUUUUUAUUCAUACCAACAGACGCUUGGGUGGUCAUUACAUUGGAUUCUGUAAAAAGUCAUUUUGAGAUCGUUACCAGAACUGGCAUUUAUCUGUAACGUUUUAUGUAUGGCAUUAUUGUUGUUGGUAAUGUGCUGGUCAUGGUAACACUUGAUACAAAACAGUUCCUAUUUUAUUAUCUGCAUAAUUUAUUAUGAGUACAGUGUGGAUAAUUGUGAAACCUAAUAGGUUUGAUGUACAUGUACAUUGUAAGUCUUAGAAAGUGCUUCAAAAUGCAUAACUACUCAAAUUGACCAAAUGCUAAAAUGUUUAAUGACAUCCAAAUAUGUUGUAAAAUACAUGUUUUCGUUUUUUAUAUCCUUUUUUUAAUACCUAUGCUUUUGGUAGACCCUGCGUAAGCCUAAAAGGCCGGGGGGAUUUUCUCCCUCAGUGUUUUUUUUUAAAUAAAUCUGUAAUACAAGAAGUGA